AUGUUCUCGUGCAAGCGACUCGACUCACGCAAAGACGCCUUUAAUGCGGUUAAAUCUUCCGGUAUUCUCUCCAAACAUGCGCCUGGAUUCGAGGUCGGCCACUGGGAUUUUCCUCCUCAUCUGAAGGGUUCCCCGCGAACUUUGGCAUCCACCUGGGACAGCGAGUAUGGUGUUGAGAUUGACUAUGACAGCUACGAUAUUACUCCUGUCUUGGACCCCUUAUCUCACAAGAUACUUGCCUUCAGGGUGGGAGCCAAGUCCUCGUUAGCGGAAUCACAAUACCUGUGCACUUCUGGAUGUGUCGUCGAACUCUCAGACGAGCGCUACUACCUGCUACCUGCACACCCUUUCACCUCCGAACGCAAUACCUCACAAGACAUGACUCCAGAGGAGGACUCACAGUCAGAAGAUGAUGACUGUGUGUUUAGCGGCUUCGAGAACGAGACCGAGCUGGAGGAUGAGACCGAUUUCAUGACCCAGCACAGCGCCACCCCCGAAACAAGCGACGCGGAGGAUGAAUGGAACCUCGACUACAGCGAUUCAUCGUCAGACUCCGAUUUCGAUGACAGCAGCCAAAUUCAACAUCCAAGGAACGAGAAAGAGAGCAUUCCGGCCUUUGACGACGCCGUACAGGAUAUUCGAUAUAAGACCGGCCUUUCUCGUCCGUUGCGCUCGCUCUACCGAUCCCCUCGUCAUCCUCACAUGCGAUCGGACAAUCUCGACUACAUCAGGGUAGAAGUGAGAGACAAAAUGGAUCUCUCAACCGAUUUUCCAACUCUCUCCAUCCAUAGUAUCGGCCAGUUGCAGAACGGAACUGCGCCUGUCACAGCAGUCACCGGUGCAGGAAAUUAUUUGGUAGGAGUCCUGUCAAGUGGAUACGAGUGCAUUCGCUUGCCCAAUGCCACCAACUAUGUCAAGGUUCAAACGGUCCAGUUUGAACGUUUUGUUCAAUCUGGUGAUUGUGGUUCAAUUGUUCGAGAUGCCCGUUCGGGUAGGAUCUACGGCCAUAUCGUCGCGGGCGACCCGGGCUCUCAAACGGCAUUUAUCAUCCCGGCCAUCGAUGUCUUCAACGAUAUCCUGACAAGGCAUCGACCAGCCUUGGAGUCUUUUAUGUCAGAGAGAAGGUUGCCACGACGAUUCGAGGUGGAAGCACGCUCGAUUUCUGGUGCAGUUGCCGGCUGGAACACGACAAUGGUCUCUAGAGAUGCUCCAGCAUCUCAAGGACGACCAAGACCGAUAUCAACUGAUCCAUACUGGAGAAAAGACAAGUCUGCUGAGCACUUGCAACAAGUAUAUGGGAAUUCGAUGGCCCGGGACUCCAAAAAAAGUCGUCGAUAUGGUUAUCCAGAUGACAGGCUUCUUGGGGAAUCGAGUAGAUCGAGGUAUACAUACACAUAUAUGCUAGAUGCGCUUGACGAAGUGAGGAGAAGCAUGUAUGUCGAUGUCGUGGUGAUACAUGGACUUUCGGGCUCACAGUGCAGCGCCUGGAUUGCCCCCACCCCGACUUGGAGAACCAGCAGGUCAUCUGGAGCUCGGCAAAAACCCUCGACCUCCGAUACACGAGGUGACCAGGCUUGGAACGCUUCAUCAGCUCCUAAUUAUUCUCAAGCACCUUUAUCCUUGCCCACAAUGGAUGAGCUUCUAAACCCUGACGGCUUGAUGAGCUAUGUCGAAUUCAGGCUGCAAUCAGGGACAUUCCCCAAGCUCUCUGUCUCAUACUAUCACGCAAUUGCUGACGUUAACCGGCUUCUGCAUCCUUCGACCUUGGAUUUUGAGGAGUUCGAUUCACGAAGAGAUUCAGGAGGCGCGGACUUAGGUCUAGCUGGCUCCUAUCGGAAGGCUCCGAAUAGAGCAAGGUUCGGUCGUGCCGGGAGAGACAGACAGGAUCUCCAGGAGGAAGAACUAUCCCGUCCGAUUGGAAUGACCUUGACCUCUCUUACCAAUAAACAAUCGGCAACUCGUCCCCCGCUGUGCACUGCAUGCCAAGGCUAUGACCGAUCUCGAUUCUCCGUGAUAUUCCAAGCAUUGGAGUACCUAUCCUUGAAACGACAUAUCAAAUCGCAGCACUUCCCGGCGAGAUCGUUCAAGUGUGUUAGCGGCGAUGUCAGUGUAAAAUGUCCUGACAGUAUGGAGGUGAAAUCACUAAAGCUUAUCGCUGGCCUCGUAUUUGUGUUACACAAAAACUCAGAUGUCCUCUUCUGGUCAAAGCUCAUGAAUGUCUUCCUUUCCCGGACUCUGGAACCAUCCCGGGAUCUCAGACGUCAGGGCUCUCUAUUACGCGAUCUAGAGCGGCCCCGGCAACCCCUUGCCGAUCUCUCAAGAACACUCAAGAUGUUUACACACCAGAAAGCACUUAUACCUGGAUGGACUAAGCACUUGCAUCCAGAAAUCAACAUGCUGCUUCAUCCAUUGUUCCGGAAGGCCUGUGCAAGUCAAUCACAACACUUAACAUGUUCAGAUCAUGCACUUCAUGAACAUGAACUUCCAGGUAAGCACGAAUCCUCGAAGGUGGUCCUUCUACUGAUUUCUAACAAAAAGCAGCCAGACGCGCACUUCUUCAUCGGCUUUUGCGAAUUCUGGUAG